AUGGACGCCUGCUUGCUUGCUCUCUUCGUCAUCGCAGCAGUGCUUGUCAUCAUCUGCUUGUUGUGCUGCACGAACAAUCAUAAUCAAGACCAGCAGCAGGCGAACGCCCGGCUGCCGGAGGAGAUAGACGCGCACACCAAAUCCAUCGCCAUCGCCUUGCUGAACCGCGUCACGUAUCCUCGCCGCCGUAACGCCGCCGGCGGCGGUGAUCCUGAUCCAUCAGCAGCAGAAACACUAGUAGCAGAGGACUGCGCGAUUUGCCUGGGCCCGUUUGAGGACGGCGACCUGUGCAGCAUCAUGCCAGUCUGCCGCCACGAGUUCCACAGGGACUGCAUCGUCAACUGGUUAUUAAUGGCCAACAACAACACAUGUCCCCUGUGCAGGGCUCAACUGCAAUGGUCGGCUGUUGCUGAAAACAUGGUGUAG